CUCCCUCCUCUCUAACUGUCGCCUCUCUCCUCCCCACACCCUUCAGCUCUCAGCUCCUCCCUCUGCUCCUCCCACUGUUCCUCCCAUUUCCUUUCAGGCUUGCCUCUGAGAGGAAACUGAAAGUGAAAUAGGGAGCCACGGCCAACAGAUCAGCCUACCCAAAAUCUUCAGUUCUGCUUAAGAGGGACAUCACCACUAUGGCCUCAGCAAUACCCCUGGAAAUGAUGUGGGAAGAGGUCACAUGCGCUAUCUGCCUCGAUCCCAUGGUGGAUCCUGUGAACAUCGAAUGUGGCCACAGCUUCUGCCAAGAAUGCAUCUCUCAGGUUGGGAAAGAUGGAGGCAGUGUCUGUCCUGUGUGCCGGCAGCACUUUAUGCUCAGGCACCUCAGACCCAACCGGCAGCUAGCCAACAUGGUGGAAAACCUUCGACGAAUAGGCCAGGAUGCCAAGAAAGAGACACAGGGAGCACGCUGUGCUGUGCAUGGAGAGAAACUUCACCUGUUCUGUGAGAAAGAUGGGCAGGCCCUUUGCUGGGUGUGUGCCCAAUCCAAGAAACACCGUGACCACACCAUGGUCCCUAUUGAGGAGGCUGCUCAGGAAUACCAGGAGAAGCUCCAAAAGGCAUUAGAGAAACUGAGAAGGAAGCAGGAGUUGACAGAGAAGUUGGAAGUGGAUCUUGCAAUGAAGAGAGCAGACUGGAAGAGGCAGAUUGAGACACACAAAUCAAGGAUUCAUGCAGAGUUUAUGCAGCAGAAAAUCUUCCUGGAUGAAGAAGAACAGAGGCAGAUGCAGAAGCUGGAGAAGGAUGAGAUGGAACAACUUAGAAUCCUGGGAGAGACGGAAGCUGAACUGGCCCGGCAAAGCCAGACCCUGCAAGAGCUGAUCUCGGAGCUGGAGUGGAAGAGUCGGGGCUCAGCACUGGAGCUCCUGCAGGAGGUGAAAGUUGUCCUGGAAAGGAGUGAGUCCUGGAACCUGAAGAAGCUGGACAUUGACUCCCCAGACCUAAGAAGUAUCUGUCAUGUGCCAGGACUAAAGAAAAUGCUGAGGAGCUAUGGAGUAUACAUCACUCUGGAUCAAGACACAGCCAAUCCAUGGCUCAUCCUUUCAGAGGACAGGAGACAAGUGAGACUUGGAAACACCCGACAGGAUGUACCAGAAAAUGAAGAGAGAUUUGAUAAUUACCCUAUAGUCCUCAGUGCCCAGAGCUUCAACUCUGGAAAACACUACUGGGAGGUAGAUGUGACGGGAAAGGAGGCCUGGGACCUGGGGGUCUGCAGAAACUCUGUACGGAGGAAGGGGCAAUUUUUGGUCGAUACUGAGAAUGGUUUCUGGACAAUUUGGUUGUGGAACAAAAAGUAUGAGGCUGGCACUUGUCCCCAGACUCCCCUCCAUCUUCAGGUGCCUCCGUGCCAAGUUGGGAUUUUUUUGAAUUAUGAGGAUGGCAUCAUCUCCUUCUAUAACAUCACUGAUCAUGGCUCCCUCAUCUACACCUUCUCUGAAUGUGCCUUCACGGAACCCCUGCGGCCCUUCUUCAACCCUGGUUUCAAUAAUGGAGGAGGAAAUUCAGGCCCUCUGGCCCUCUGCCCGCUGAAAACGGGAUGGUCAAAAUCGGGUGUCCCUUCUCAGCCAUGAACCCUGCCUUUAUCCCAUGAACUCUGAACUGUCUUGUCUCUGCAUAGGUGUCAGGGUCUCGGCAAGCAGGCUUUAGCAGGGAGACCACUGAAAGCCAAAUGACCUUCAAUAUCAAUAUUCCUGCCAUAGAUUCCUUUAGGAUGCCCUCAAGUGAAGGCAAUUCCUCAUAUCUGACUCAAACUCGACCAAAAACCGUGUUUCUGCCUCCUUUAUGUGACUUGUAUAACAAUAUCUCUCUAGGCUAUUGCCUUUGGCUUGUCUUUUUUAUGGUUUGGAAAAGGGCUUCCUAAAUACAUCGUGCUUUCAGUCUCCAA